ACACGAGGAUCUGCCCCACUUUUGCAAGGAUUUGUACCGCCGCCGCUCGACUUUGCGCCUCCAGACGUGCCUUCCCCGACCCCUAAGAUGAAGAGGGCGACAGCCGAAGGAAGCAAACUGCUGAUUUUGGUUCUUUGUUUGAACAUCCAGUCAGAAGUGGAGUCUUGCCCUGGGGCGUGUGUAUGCUACACUGAGCCGAAGAUUACAAUAAGUUGUCAGCAGCAAGGACUGACAGCAAUCCCCACUGAGAUCCCUAUCCAGAGCCAGCGCAUCUUCUUGCACAACAACAAAAUAACCCUUGUGAGGUCCACCAGUUUUACCUCCUGUCGCAACAUGACCAUCCUUUGGAUCCACUCCAACAACAUCAGCCUCAUCGAACCUGGAGCCUUUUAUGGGCUGAACAAACUGGAGGAGUUAGAUCUUAGCGACAACACGAACCUGAAAUUUAUCAACCCAAUCACUUUCCGGGGUCUUAUUCACCUCCACACCUUACAUCUGGAUCGCUGUGGGCUCCUGGAGCUGUCCACAGGCCUUUUUCGAGGGUUGUUCUCCUUGCAAUAUCUCUACCUUCAGGAUAAUAAUCUACAGAAUCUGCUGGAUGACACCUUUGUGGAUCUCGCAAACCUGACCUACUUGUUUUUGCAUGGUAACAAAAUAAAGAGCUUGUCAGAGAACGUCUUUCGCGGGCUCAUCAACCUAGACCGACUGCUUCUGCACCAGAACAGAGUCAGUCUGGUCCACCGCCGGUCUUUCCAUGACCUUGGGAAAGUGAUGACCUUGUAUCUGUUUAACAACAACCUGACCGUGCUCACGGGUGAAACCAUGGCUCCCCUUGUGUCUCUCCAGUAUCUACGUUUGAAUGGUAACCAGUGGAUCUGUGACUGCCAGGCUCGGUCACUCUGGAAUUGGUUUAAACAGUUUAAAGGAUCAUCUUCAGAACUAGAGUGCCACCUUCCCCCGCGCUUGGCAGGGAGAGACCUCAAAAGGCUGCAGAGCACAGACUUGGAAGGAUGCAUUGAUUCCUUCAACCAGAUACGAACAAGUGUUUUUAGCACUAAGACCAAGUCCGGUAAACUGCCGACCGGGAACCCCCCUCUCAGUUCCCAUGACAUCUCCUCCAAGUGCUGCCAGCCAGAAACAGAUAAAUCUUUUAUUUAUGAAGCUAAAGGCAAGGCAGGUCCUUCUUCCCACAGCAGCCGGCCAUCCUCCAACAAUCCCCUCAAGGAUAAGGAAAACAUGUCCAAAACCAAGUAUGUUGAGACGGACCCAUCUAAAAAUGGCAGCAACAAGCAGAUAAAUGAUUCCCCUUUUGGGACCUUCCCCAGCAUUGUAGAACCUCCAUUGACCAAGUUGAAACCGGAGUUUCUAGAGCCUAUUGAACCUUCCACAGUCCCAACCAAAAAGAGGCAGGGCUGCUCUAAAAAGAACAGAUCAAAAGCCCAGUGCCGCCUCACUCAGCAAGGAAACAGCUCCACGUUACAGCUCAGCCUAAGCCUUUUGAUCCCCCCCUUGGUGUGGAGCUUACUGUUAUUCUGCUAAAACAAACUCUUUUCCUGGGUUGAUGACACUUUAAUACUAGACUUUUGCUGACCUCCAUAAAUGUUGCAAAUGAAAGCAAACUACCAUCCAACCUGAGAAAGCUUUGUUACACAAAAGUUAACUGGAUGCCUUUAUAAAAAAUAAAAAACAAAAAAACAAAAGAGACAGACACUGGGAUGUACAUAAUUUAUUUGUCCUGAAACCUGUGAAUUAUACCUUUGGUCUUCGGAACUGCACUUGUCCACAAAGCAGCUUUUGCUACAGCAGAUGGUAAAAUAUGAUUUACUUACAGGAAAAAAAAAAAUGUAAGAAAUGUUCCAAAAAAGAAUGUCUAAAAUCUGUUUGUAACUUGACAUGACACUGAAUGAUAUUGCAGGUUCCCAUUUGCAGAGGUAAUGAAUUUGAUGCUGUUUUAAUCCUAUGUUUAUGAAUAUUGCAGUUUUUCCGUAUUCACUCCAUGACAUCAUGUUUACGGGAAGCAUUUGUUAAAGAAUGCGACCUUCUCCUUCACAAGAUUGCAGUAUAUAUAGA